AUGAAGGAGAUGAUGGGACCGGACGGAUAUAGAUGGGCCGCUCCCGAUGGUGAGGAGCAGGAGGUGACCGUACCGGCCCCGAGCCAGCUGUACGCCCAGCAAGGAGGCAGCAAGGAGCAGGCACGUCCCCGUAACGAUCCCUACGCUGAGGCCUCCUUCGUUUUGGGGGUACAGCCAGGCCUUCCUACGUUUUUCGAGAAUGGGAGGAGAACCAGGAGGUUGAUAAUGAAAAGGAAGGUGCUGAGGCACAGACCCGACGGAGGAGUAGAGGUCUCCGAUGAGUCAAUGAGCAGCGACCCGGGAAACGAUGUUGCAGUUUGGAGCCUGAGGCAGAAAACCCUUCCUCUACAGGCCAGUCAGGAAGACAGCAUCUCCGAGGGGGAAAUCGAGACAAGCAGGAGCUCCCUCAACGAAUCCCCUUCCUGCUGGCCCCAUGGGGACAGUCCCCCCUUUCUCCUCAAGGAUUUCGGGAGCUGGAGCUCUUCCGCUUCUCGUUCCGUCGCUCCGGCGAGACAACCCACGUCCUUCAUUGUUCCGUGGUUGGGUCAUAACCAGGGGAAAAUCGACCGAGUGGCCAGAUAUUUGGCAUAUAAAAAAGAAUGGGAGAAACUCCAAAUCCCGGGGGAGGAUCAGCGACUCAAACUGCGCUGGAGCACCCGGAAACGGAUGCUUUGCAAGCCUGAACUCCCCAACAAGCCGCAGCACCUCUACGUCUCCAACACUUACGUCGUACCGACCAAAAAGAAGUGAGCUGCCCUACGCUGAGAAGUGCACUGGGAUUUGGCCAACGGCCUCAUCCCUAGAAAAAACACCUCUUCCUAG